CGGCGUUCCAACCCAUAAGACCGUAAUCCACGUAACUUGUAAAAAUUUAAUAACGAAUUUAUAUACAAACACUUCGUGCUUAUUUGUGGCAUUUGUGUAAGUAGUAUGUGCGGGUUAUGUCUAUGAACGAGUUGCUUUCAGGUGCCAGACUUAAAAACAGAGUAUUUUAGGGAGUAAAAUAACAACUACGUUGAUUGUAAACAUUCGGAUGUGAAGAGUGUGUUCAUUAUGUACUGGUACAUGUUACGGUGAACAUAGCGUAACAUCAUAUUUUUGUCUACACGCAUGAAUGUGAACAGCUAUGAGUUAGGUUUUAGUCUGCCAUAGCAGACGAUUGCUAGCAGCAGUGUUUCAAUUGGACAGUGACGAAGGUGAUGUAGUGAUUGGUUGGGUGGCAAUAGCGCGCCAAGCAGACGACAGUUGAGGGACAGGUUCUGUACAGCAAAAGCGAUGUUAGUCGUGGGGAUGCUUUGUCAGGACGAGGCUGGGUAAGAGGAGUCUGUGGAACAUGGUGUUGUUCAGGCGUAAACGGCAGUCAGAUCGACGGGAACUGCUCGCAAGUAUGAAUCAAAUGGCGGUCGGCAAACCAGUAGAUAAUGCCGCCUUCAUGCACGUACGAGAAAACAUCGAGGACCUGAACGGGAGAGUUGGUGCCAACGACACAGAUCUCAUUUUCCUGAAGGGCCUUAUGGACAGCCCUAUCAUGAGAUCACUAGUUAAGGUUCAAGAUCGCCUGGAGGAUAAAUUGAGCACAGCGCAACCAGUGGGAACUGGCAACAUUGACCUUGUAGGUGAUGUUGUCAAGAAGUGUGAAGUGACAAGAAAUAAGGAUGCACAGGAGUUGGCUAACAUACUGAAAAAUUCUCAUUUCAAGGCACUGUUGGAGUCACAUGACGUAGUGGCGGAAAAGAGUUACGAACACAGUCCUCAACAAGAACCUGAGUUACCAGCUUUUGAGCUUCCUGUUAACGGGAUGACAGCUGAUGCCAUUAGAAUUGUGGGACUUCGCAAGAGUCCCAAUGAACCGCUGGGACUGACAGUGCAAGUUGACGAGUCUGGAAACCUGGUGAUAGCUCGCAUUCUGGGCGGUGGGAUGAUUGACCGCCAAGGUUUAUUGCACAUCGGUGAUACAAUCCUGGAAGUAAAUGGAGUUCCUGUUUCUUCACCAGAAGACCUCCAGAUCCAAAUCUCAAAAGCUAAAGAGUCUGUUGCUUUGAAGAUUGGUCCAAGCUUUGAAGAUACACACGGACAUCUGGAUGGUGGCCAGUGCUACAUGAGAGCCCUGUUCAGUUAUAAUGCAGCAGAAGACUCCUUGUUACCAUGUAAAGAGAUUGGUUUAACCUUCAAACAUGGCGACAUCCUGCAGAUAGUCAAUCAGAAGGAUCCAAACUGGUGGCAAGCAAAGAAAGUUGGCUCUAAUGGUCCAGCUGGUCUGAUUCCUUCCCAAGAGCUAGAAGAGAGGCGUAAAGCAUUUGUGAAACCAGAGGCGGACUAUGUCCAUAAGAUCAGCAUUUGUGGAACGAGGAUAUCAAAGAAGAAGAGAAAAACCAUGUAUCAGUCAAAAUCAAAUAGUGAGUUUGACAAAGCAGAGCUUUUGCUCUAUGAGGAAGUGACGCGCAUGCCUCCUUUCAAAAGAAGGACAUUGGCUCUGAUUGGAUCACAAGGUGUUGGGCGUAGAACGUUAAAGAACCGACUGAUCAACAGUGAUCCAGACAAAUUUGGUGGAGUUGUACCUUUCACUUCUCGACCUCCACGAGUGCUUGAAGAAAAUGGCCGUGGAUAUUGGUUCAUUGACCGCGAAACAAUGGAAGAGGAGAUACGAGAGCAUAAGUUUCUGGAAUAUGGAGACCAUAAUGGACACUUGUAUGGCUCAAAACUGGACUCAAUUCGUGAUGUUAUUCGUCAGGGAAAAAUGUGUGUCCUAGAUUGUAGUCCAGCUGCCUUGAAGAUACUCCACAACUCUUCUGAGUUUAUGCCAUAUGUAAUAUUCAUAGCUGCUCCUGGGAUGGAACAGUUGAAACAUCUGUAUGGUAUUGGCCGCUCGAUUGGAUCGUCCAGUAGGAAUCUUACUUUUGAUCGAGCCAGUUCUAUAAGGUACAGUUCACGUCGAGCACGGACACUGGAGUCUCUUGCUUCUUUGUAUGAAGAAGAGGACCUUCAUCAGACGGUGGAAGAAAGUGCAUGCUUACAACGAACUUAUGAGAAGUACAUUGAUCUUGUGGUAGUAAAUGAAGACUUCGAUGUAACAUUCCGCAAAGUGGCUGAAGCACUUGAGGCUCUAAGCACAGAACAUCAGUGGGUUCCCGUUAACUGGGUUUACUAAUGAUUUACUGGAUCAGUAUCAUAAGAAUGUAUGGAAUUCUGGUAUGUAGGACAAUUUUGAAGCCUAGAAUAUCCACAGUUAUAGUAUCUUUAUGACUUAAUAGUUUACAAGAUUGAAUACACACACACACACGGUGACUGUGCCAUUUAUUAUCUAUUGUCAUUGCUGAUUUUAUGAAAUUGACAACUGAUAAAUUGUGCAGUCAGUCCAGUUAUGACGGCAGCAAAGUUAAAUAUUAUUAUGUAGUGAAAACAAAACAAUUGAGUCAAGAGGGAAUUGAAUUUGUGUAUUAACUACAGUUUCUUCUUGAUAAUGGAUCUUCAUAUUUAACAUGGAUUAUAUUAUUUAUGUGUUUGCCACAACUAGGAAUUAGUAUUUCAGCCAAAUUAUUAUUUUUCUCGACAGACUGUUAUUGGUUUUAAUGGCUAACAGUGUACCCCGCAUAUUUUAAGAUUCUGAAAGAUGUCUGCCUAUCCCAUAAUAUAGUUGUACUUUGUAAUGAGGAACUCGUUUGUGAUUACGGUAACAGAAACGCAUUCUGAUUGUUAGACAGUGUUCAUGUUAGAUUGCCGUGUGUGUUGUCGUGGUUCUGUUACUACCGUAUUCUCCACGGCCUUGAGAAUAUAUACAUCAAUCAGUGAAUGAGCUUUACCACUUCAGAUUAAAAAUGGAAAUUGUGAGUUGUUAAUUUGAAUGUAUCGCCACUUUGAACCAAUGGAUAAUUUAAAAGCACAUGCUCAAAAAAUACAAUUUAUAAAACAUUAAUGUAGGUUGUGUCCCAUAAAGUUAUGGCAGUGUUUUCAAGUUGGCUCUUUUGCAAUAUUUAACGCUAGAAACAUGAAUGAAACACAGAACAAAUGAAAGACAUGAAACUUUAUAUGUGUCUGUGAAUUUCAGUGAAUCCCAAUUGUCACUCUGCAGACGCCCAUUAGGCUUUUACUUUCGCUACACACGAGUGAGAACACGACAGUUACAAACCCAACUUUGUGUCUCACAUCUUUACUUCAAAUGGUCUAUGUCAUCAGUAUUCACACUAUAUAAAUAACACUUGUUUCACGUGAUCCGUAGUGCUGGGGUUUCCAAAUUUGUUGUGCCUGGUACUCCCAAAGAAGUUAAAAGUCUGGUACCUCAUGCAAAGGGAACUGGAAAAUACACAACCCACAUUUCUGUUGUUGCUGGAAAAGAAAAUGCAUGGUAUAGCUCAGUUAUAUUAAUUUUAAACAUGGAAAGUGUGUGAAUUCGUUUUAAAAUGGUUUGUGACCCAGGUUUGCUCAGAGCUAAGUAUAGAUAUGAAUGAGGAUUUAUGGCACCCUUAGAAAACAUCUCUGGUUGCCCAAAGGAUACUUGUACCACAAUGUAAGAAUUGCUGGUUUAGCAUAUUAAUAUCUGGAGAUUAAGGUGGCCAUUCAGACCUUCACUUUCCUGGGAAAAGCUCAUUUAGAUCUGCAUUAAUGAAGGCUUUAUAGCUAAAUGUUGCUUCUUGAAGCUGAAAGAUUGCUCUGUCAUCUUCAUUCUGUGAAGUUCCAGCAUAUCCAGAGAUUGAGAGUGCAAGUUUAAAUUAGAAUUUUUCAGGAUGGUGGAUUGGAAGAGGAGGUCCAAAGCUGGCCACCUCGGUCCCUGUGCAAUAUACCAUAGUUCUAAUGUAGAGUUGUAUAAAACAAGUGAAAACUAAUAUUAUGGUACAUUUGUAGCAAUGUGUCAGAAAUGUAUUUUAGACACCAGAUUUUUUCAAGAACAUAGAUAAACGUUUUUAACAGUCUGUCUUCAAUUUCACAUUUCUGGCAUUUACUUGCUACAAAAUGUCAAAACAUGAAAAUCUUUGUAUAACUAGGAUGAACUGGUUUAUGUAGUAGAACCUGUUUCUGCUCUUUGAUUUGCAAAAUUAACAUAUACUGAUGUAAUUUAUCAUACUAAGUAUGGCAUUAUCAGACAUCAGUAUUCACUGAUUACAACAUGACUAGACAUCACUUAUAGAUAACAUGAUCUUAAAUAACUGUUGUAUGGGAGCAGAAGUUUUUAAUUGAUUAUUUUUGUUUAGUUCAGCUUUUGUGAUUCUAAAACACUGAGGGAACAAAAGGGAGAUUUUAAUUAAGUGGAUUAAUCCUUCAGAAUCCUAAAAUUCACUGUUCCAAGAAUGAGUGCAUUUUUAUAUUACUUCUGAUUAACUUAUUGAUCCCAGUUUCAGUAUAGUUAGUGUGUGAAAGAAUGUGUUUGGUUUUAUCCAGUUUAUAUUAAUUUUCUGUUGCCAGUCAAAUGAUAAUUGAAUCCCAGUGUGUGAUAGUAAGGACAGAAGGCAGGUUUAUUUUCUCCAUUCUUCAACCGUUAAAUGUGAGAAUAGAUCUCUUGGCCUUUGUCAUGUAGUCUCAUACAGAUAUUUUUCUCUCAUUUGAAAGACUAAUUUGUGGUGUACUUUUUUUUACUAUAUAAUGCUUGCACUGUUUUAGUUUUAUGCAAAUCCACACUCUUAUGAUGCCCUCCUACAAAGAUUUUUCUAUACAAGCACUGUUAUUAUUUUUUUGUUUUCGUCUUUUUGUUUAAUAGUUUAUGAAUGAAACAUUUAUUUACUGCCAUUGCUAGCAUAGUUUUUGUCAUUACCACCAGGGACUGUUGCAUGUAGCACUAUAACAAAUUAUGGCUUCAGCGCUUCAUGUUGUAUCUGCUGUUGAUCUUGGCACUGUGAAGUUCAUAUCAUUUUCAAAAUUUAUUUUAUUGUGUUUGUAGAUGACUAUUUUUUCAGCUCCAAAAAUAUAGUCUGCAUGUGGCCUGUGUGUGUUUACUUUUUGAUUUCAGUUGUUUGGUGGAGUAGUGAAGGCUGAGUUGUGACCCCAGUUCUUGGGUGGUAAUUGCAAGUACAGUCUAACAUUCAUUGACUGCUUUACACUCUGCUAUCGUAAUAGUGAAAUGUAAAAUUGAAUCUCCCCCCCAGCAUCAACACUGCUCUUCAAAGUUGAUUAUGAAAUAUUACACUAUAUUCUUAAUUCAUCCAUCCUUUCCCACAUAUUCUUGCCCUUAUAUUUGCACUUGACUAAGAAAUGCCAUUUGAAGGUCUUGGGCUCGAGGAAGGGAAAAUCCCCAUCUGCACCUUCCUGUGAUAGAGAACGGGCAAUGUGAAUAGGCGGCUGACGUGGAGGGGGACCGAGCGGCUGCUGGGAUAAGCAGCCAAGCCGGCUGGGCUGGGCAGGGCACUUUCUUGUCCAACCCAUGAAGUGCCACCAUGCCCUGUUAAGGGUCAAAGACAGAGGAGGAGGAGGAGCAGUAACUUCAUUGAUCAUCUUCCAUUGUUAUUGGAGUCAAACCUGCUGUGUUAUUACCUCCAUCCAAUUGAGUUAGCUUGAGCAAAAUUGAAAGAUAUGUCAGAACAACAAACAUAUGUAUGGGGUUUAUGUGAUAAGCGCAGUAUGUUCCUUCCUGUGGUUGAGCCUGAAUUGCAAUGUCAUUAGCUCUCAUUUGGGUUACACAUGCUCAUCAUAUCCCAGUUCUUUUCCAGCACUUCUGAAAAAUUAGAAGUUCCUGCCCAUGUUUCAUCAAGGGAAAAGUGACUUCCCUUUUGCUACAGAAUCUCACAUUUUAAUAAAAUACAUAGACUUCCAGUCUGUGAAUAUCAUUUAGGAUUUGAAGCUAUCAUAACUGAAUGUAAUGAACAGCCAGUAAGUAUGAUUUUCAAUCCAGUGUUGUUGAGACCAUCUUGUUUAACACCAUAUUUACAUGGCUGAUUCCCCAAGACUUUAUUGCUAUAAUAUUGUCUUAACUGGUAUCUUUAUCUUACUCUCUUUGUGUUCCCAAACAUAACCCACAUCUUGCAGUGUAUUCUGAAGCACAUCUUUCUGCCAAGAGGCAUUUCAUCCUUGGCCUCACAGCUUUUGGUUGAUGUAAAAGCUCUUAGUGGUUCAGAAAGUAAUAUACUUGUUAAACCUGUGUCCGCUUUUCUCUUGUUCAGCAGUGUUCUUAUGGAUGGUGAGGGUGAUGCACCCUUGGGUUUAUAUUGUGUUUGCUUUAUGAUCCUUUCAGUUGUAAGAUUUGAGACUGUGUGUAAAUGGAAGACCUUUUAUUUGCUCUGAGAUUAACCAGUAUCUUGAGGUCCUGCAGGCUAAUCCUUUAGAGUAAACUAAUUUAAAACAUAAACCAACACUAAUGAAUAUAUUUUAAUAACAUCAGUUACUGACAAAUAUAACUAUUUCACAAGACAAAUAUUACCAUUUUUAGUGAGCACCACUAAGGAAUGAAUGCUAUAACACAAGCAAAGCAAAAAAAUUGGGGGGGGAGACUUAGUUUCCUUUGUAGUUUAUCCCUCUAUGGUGCUACUCACAUGAUUCUACUGUUACAUGUUCUCCUUAGACUUUGCUACUCCACUUGACAGUUCUAAUCUUAGCAUUUGAAAUACAGAAUUUGUGUUGUAAGACCUAAAUAACAAUUGUGCCUAAUAUAUCAGAGUAUAAAUUUUUUGGUUGUAUUUACUUGUUGGGUUUGGUAACCAGUGUUGCAGUGUAUCAAUAGUCUGUGUUCUUAUACCAGUUGUGAAAACUUAAAUAAUCAGUCCUGAUAAAUGAGUGACAAUUUCUGAAAAGAACCAAAAAUAUGUGUCCUACUUUAUUGUCAGGAAAUAAAAUGUUCUUAUUACAAGUUACGUCAAAUUUGUGACAUCCCAUUUGUGAUAGAGCUGCAAGUAUGGUAAUAGGUUGACAAUUUCUUUGUCUGUGAACACUAUAAAUUACAAUUUUAUUAUAUUCAUUCAGGUUUUGUUUGUGCUAGAUGAUCUCUGCUGUUGGAAUAAAGGCAGCUUUGGAAAUAUAUAAAUGAUGACAUUAAUAGAUGAUAGUGUGACAUUGGUUUUUGUGGGUUGGUUCUGUCAUAUAUUGAUAGUUGUCCAAUGUUUUGACAAAUAUUGGAUGGCUGUCAACAUUCAACCUGGCCUGUCCCUGAAAAAUGAAGUUACACGUAUAAUUUUAGUCGCAAAAGCUUAACGAUAAGAAUUUGUAGUUGACUAUUGUGUUACAAUAUACUUUAUCUGAAGACAGUCAUGCAUAAAACUUGCUUUUACUAUAAUAAAGUCAUGUAUAUACCAAGUACGAAUAAGUACAUAAUUUCAUCCAAUUACAAAUUUAUUUGAAAAUGUAUAUGAUAUAAACUGAUAUGCGGCUGUAUUACAAGUGGCAAUUUAAAACAAUGUAUCAUAAGAUGCACAUGCGGUCCGUAGUCUUUGAUGCUUCUUCACCAUAAUUUGUGCAAAGAAUAACUAGUUUGUUAGGUGAAGGUGUGUGACAGUAAUGUCUGCCACCUUUAUGUUACACUAACCCGUCCAUGUGUUCAGGGAAAACCAUGAUCUGAGUAUUGAAUAAAUGUCUUAUUGUUAUUGUAUAGUUUAUGUUGUUGCAGCACAGAUGACCAGAAUACAUAUAGAGUAUUAAAAUUGUGUGAACUUACUGUUACUUAUUGAUAAUCAAGGUGUACAAUUAAUAUUAAUGUGUCAUGCAUUAGUUUUAUAGAACUGAUAUGUAGUCUGUUUAAGUAUUGUCACAGAGUAAAUGGAAAGUAUAUGUAGGUAGAAAGGUAGAUAAUAUUUUCAUGCAGGGAUUAUGAAUACCUUUGGCAAUUAUAAGCUACAUUCAGGAUGCAUAAAAUCAGCUUGCUCAACAGAUGUGUUUAUAUUUUAAAUCUGGAUAGUUUUAAUUAGUUUCACUUUAAAAUAAUUUCAUUUAAAAGUGUUAAUAUAAAUUGUGUUUGCCAGAUAAUGUUCUGCAAGCUGUUAUGGACCUUGGAUGCAGCAAACUUGUGUGGUGCAUCACAUUUUUAUAACAUAUCAGACCAUUUUAGUUAUUUUCUAUUUGAAAAUAAUUUACAGUUUUGUAUUAAUAAAUGAAUAUGUGGUGUUUAUGAAAACUGAUACAUGCACCAUCUUAUUUCAUAUUAAAUUGUUUGAGUAUUUUACUUCAUUGUACAACAAUUUUAAGUAUAAUAAGUAAUAUUCUUGACCACAGUA